UACGGGAACUACCUCCGUGUGAGUGAAAGCAGAGGCGUAUCAGUGAGUGUAUGUGGGUCUCUCUCUUACACUCACACACUCGCCGCUCCUCCUCCUACUCUUCUUGGGAUCCCUGUGUCCCUUUCCUCGGUGGCAGGCUCCCCACACCCAGCAGUCACCAUUUCCGCCCCAGGGAGAGCCACGCUGGCAGCACAGCCCCUUCCCCGACUCAGCAUCGGGAGGAAGACCCUGGUGGCGGCUGCCGUCGGGGUCAUGCUGGUCCUGGUGCUGGUGGUCCUCAUCCCCGUCCUGGUCAGCUCCGUGGGCACCGACACCAGCCACUUUGAAAUGCUGGGUACCUGCCGUAUGGUGUGUGACCCCUACCUGAACAAGGGCACCACGGCCAGCAGCACCAGCUCCAGUGGCAUCCAGGGAGAAGCCGAGGCCCUCAGCGACAACAGCAACAUGCCCUCCACGCUGGUGCAGGGCCCCCAGGGCAAGCAAGGCAGGCCAGGUAAACCUGGACUCCCUGGACCGCCUGGAGAGCCAGGGCCACCGGGGCCAGUGGGACCCCCUGGAGACCGAGGGUCUGGAGGGAGGACUGGGAUUUUGGGGUUGGGGGGGAAUGGAGCUAUCAGCACAGCCACCUACAGCACAGUGCCCCGGGUGGCCUUUUACGCAGGGCUUAAGAACCCCCAUGAAGGCUAUGAGAUCCUUAAGUUUGACGACGUGGUCACCAACUUGGGAAACAACUACGACGGCAUCUCGGGCAAGUUCAUCUGCAGCAUUCCUGGCACCUACUUCUUCAUCUACCAUGUGCUGAUGAGAGGAGGGGAUGGGACCAGUAUGUGGGCAGACCUCUGCAAAAACGAACAGGUGCGAGCCAGUGCCAUCGCCCAGGACGCUGACCAGAACUAUGACUACGCCUCCAAUAGCGUCAUCCUCCACCUAGACGCAGGCGACGAGGUCUAUAUCAAGCUGGACGGGGGCAAGGCUCACGGCGGCAACAACAACAAAUACAGCACCUUCUCUGGGUUCAUCCUCUACGCCGACUGAACCCACCCAGGUGCUACGUCCAGAGAGAGAAAGACAAAGUAAGAGAUUGAGAGAAAGAGUUGUAAAUGAGGGAAGGAAGGGGUUAAAAGCCAGAAUGCUUUCUAGUUUCCUGGUUCUCUCCAUCGUCACACCAACCUCUGCUUAUAAAACACAUCAGCCCCAAAUCAAGGUUCUCCAGCUCAGCUCGGCCUGCCUGUCUGCCGUGCUGUGAGGGAGGGGGGGAGAACAUGAUGAUAGGGGAGGGAGUAGUGGGGGGUGAAGCUUGGUAGAGAGAGGUGCCCUCCUCAUCAGAAUUCUAUCCUGUCAGUUGCUCCUCGCUUUCCUCUUCCUCAAACUGGAAAAAUAAACCAACUAACUCCAAGUGGAUCCGGCCUCAUCAUCUUCUCUCCAUAACAGUUGGCUAUAUGGACUCUGUUGACUGAAAUUGUCCUAUCUUGUCGUUGUGUGCUUUUCCUUAGAAUGUCAGUAUUUUACUUUUGUAAAAGAUACUACUACAUUGUAUAUUGACACAAAAGAGGAUAUUAAAAAUAUGUUUGUCCCUUGUGAGAUAAAAAACUUGAUUUUGAGAGAAUGGUUUUGUGAGAUGUUGAUUGUGAUUCAGAAGCCUUUAGCUGAGAAAUGGAAAUGAAAGGUGUCAUUAUGGUUUCUAACGAUAUAUGAUUUCUUGCAUUUGACAGCCUGCUAUCACAUGGUGUUUGUUUAUGGGUGAUGUCAGCUGUGGGAACACAGACCUGGUUUGUGGCUGAAUGUUAUUCAUGCAAGGCAUGUUAUACAGAUACAACAUGACAUUUUCCCUCGUCCCAUCCAACGUAUCUAGAGUCUCUAUCCUUGCCCCUUGUCCCGUCUCUAUACCCCGAUCCUAUUUGUCUAUACAGGGCCAAAGUGGGUUGAAAAUAAACUCAAAUGUAUAUUAGAUGUUCUAGUUACGUAGAUAUCCUCCACCAUCAAUGAAGCCACAUAUUCCGUUUCUGAGGUAAACUAUUUGAUUAAAAACAAUGUCCAUUACUUCAGCUUCGUCCUCGAGCACUCUGCUGUGGUGAAGUAAAACAUAUCAAGCAGAGCAAGGAGAGAGAGAGGGGGAGAGAGAUGGGAGGAGAGUGAUGGAGGGAAAGAGAGAUGGAGGGAGAGAGAUGGAGGGAGAGAGAGAUGGAAAUAGGGAGAGAGAGAGGAAGAGAGAGAUGGAAAGAGAGGGAGAGAGAUGGGGGAGAGUGAUGGAGGGAGAGAGAGAUGGAGGGAGAGAGAUGGAGAUAGGGAGAGAGAGAUUGAGAUAGGGAGAGAGAGAGAUGGAGAGAGAGAGGAAGAGAGAGAUGGAAAGAGAGGGAGAGAGAGAGAUGAGAGAGAGGGAGAGAGAUGGAGAGAGGGAGAGAGAUGGAAAGAGAAGGAGAGAGAAAGGUGGAGAUAGAGAGAGGGAUGGAAAGAGAAGGAGAGAGAGAGAUGGAGAGAGGGAGAUGGAUAGAGAGAGAGGGGUGGGUGGGGGGUUUAUGGCGAGGCAGAUUUUCUGUUUCAGUGUCUGAGGCUUCACUGGAUGUCAUUAGCUGCAUAUUCACUGAUACAUACAAGCAUUAUGGUAAUAUUUACUCAACAUGGCGGGCUGACAGCUUGCUUUAGAAUUAAAUUGAUUGGGUGAGUGAGUGACUUGGCUUCUUAGCAUUGUGUGUAUGUGUAUGUGUGGGUGUGUGUGCGUGCAUGUGUGUGUGUGUGUGUGUGCGCGUGUGUGUGUGUGUGAAUGUGUGUGUUGGUGUAUUUGAGUGUUUGCAUCAGAGCAUGCGCCGUGCCAUUGCUACAUUGUUGUUUUUCUGUUAAUCUGUGCUACAGCCAAUGACAGAUAUUUUACUCAGCAGACAAUGAGAUUGCAUUACGUAGGGAGGGGAGCCUCUGUAGAGAUGAUGAUAAGAACAAACAGCUUGUAAAUUAAAUCUAUGCUAUGUUUGUCUAUCUAAUUUUAUCUUUUUGAAUUGUUGAAUACAUUUAAAUAAUAAAUGGAAUUUUCGGA